ACGUCACGACUCAUAAAUAAGUCUGGUAGAUGGAUCUUUCAAUCAGCGAAUCCAAAAGAAAGAGAGAGAUGGAAGGAAGUAUCCGCUGUUCUGCCAACUAUGUUCCGCUCACUCCGAUCACCUUCUUGGAACGCGCCGCCGUCGUUUACCGGCACAGACUUUCCGUCGUCUUCGGUGACGUUACCUACACGUGGCAACAGACGCACCAGCGUUGCGUCAAACUCGCUUCUUCCAUUUCUCAGCUCGGUGUUGGUCUUGCUCCCCGCGAUGUGGUUGCUGUAUUGGCCCCUAAUGUUCCAGCUAUGUAUGAACUACAUUUUGCUGUUCCCAUGUCAGGGGCUGUUCUCUGCACCCUAAAUACACGUCACGAUUCUGCAAUGGUUUCACUGUUGCUCAAACAUUCUGAGGCUAAACUCAUUUUCGUUGAUUAUCAAUUACUCGAUAUUGCUCGAGGGGCACUUCAAAUUCUUUCAAAAACCACCACUAACCUUCCCCAAUUGGUCUUGAUUUUGGAGUGUGGUGACCGAUCACCUCCCCAUGCUAGCAACAAUUUGAUAUACGAGGAUCUUGUAGAAAGAGGGGACCUUGGAUUCGAGGUGAGGAGGCCAAAAGAUGAAUGGGAUCCAAUCUCACUCAAUUACACUUCUGGGACUACAUCCAAACCUAAGGGUGUGAUCUAUAGUCACAGAGGUGCCUAUCUUAAUUCUCUGGCUACUGUUCUGCUCAACGAGAUGAAGUCUAUGCCGGUGUAUCUGUGGUGUGUUCCCAUGUUUCAUUGCAAUGGUUGGUGCCUCCCUUGGGGAAUUGCUGUUCAAGGUGGCACAAAUGUCUGCCAAAGAAAUGUGACUGCUGAAGGGAUAUUUGGCAAUGUUUUUAGGCACAAGGUUACACACAUGGCAGGUGCACCCACAGUUUUAAACAUGAUAAUCAAUUCACCACCUGAAGUGCGGAAGCCACUUCCUGGGAAGGUUGAAGUGAUGACAGGUGCUGCACCCCCUCCGCCGGAUGUGAUCUUUCGGAUGGAAGAGCUAGGAUUUGUUGUGACUCAUUCCUAUGGUUUGACAGAAACUUAUGGUCCAUCGACAAUUUGUACGUGGAAACCAGAAUGGAACAAUCUGUCUCGAGUUGCACAAGCAAAACUCAAAGCCCGACAAGGAGUGGCUCAUGUUGGAUUGGAGGAUCUAGAUGUUAAAGAUCCCCAAACAAUGAAGAGUGUGCCAGCUGAUGCAAAAACCAUCGGUGAGGUGAUGUUCAGAGGCAACACUAUCAUGAAUGGGUAUCUGAAAGAUUUGGAAGCAACACAAGAAGCAUUUAAAGGUGGAUGGUUUCGGAGUGGUGAUUUGGGAGUGAAGCACCCUGAUGGAUACAUUGAACUUAAGGAUCGGUCAAAGGAUAUCAUCAUCUCUGGGGGAGAAAAUAUUAGCACAAUUGAGUUAGAAGGAGUGAUUUUCAGUCAUCCAGCAGUUCUUGAAGCAGCUGUUGUUGGGAGACCUGAUGAGUAUUGGGGAGAGACACCUUGUGCAUUUGUGAAACUCAAGGAGGGUUGCACUGCUACAGCAGAGGAGAUAAUCCAGUUUUGUCGGAAUCGUUUGCCUCAUUAUAUGGCUCCUCGAACUGUGGUGUUUGCUGAUCUGCCAAAGACAUCAACUGGGAAAACACAGAAAUUUGUUCUGAGGGAGAAGGCAAGGGCCUUGGGAAGCUUGACUAAGAACACUAGCCGUUUAUAAAGCAUGAUGAUUCUGAAACUUGAAUUUGUUCAAUGCUGCAACAAAGAUAAGAUACUUAUGACAAGUCCAAUGAACCACCUAUCUUUCCUCAGUCAGAAUAUAGGUUUUAAGGUGAUGCUAACUCGCUUUUUUACAAGGUCAAAACUGAAGUAUAAAUUUAGAGAAUUGUUUUUUCCGCUGAUCUGCUGAUUUCAAAAUUCCAAAAUAUUAUGAGCGUACUCUGACUUUUAGUGGGAGUAUUUGAUUUCGCUGUGCAUACAUGACGCGUAGCGAUUCUGUCUCCGUGCUCCGUAGUUGUCUACAGUUGGUUGCUACUUUUGUGUGCCCACCAGCUAUUCGACAAAAAUGCCAACUAAUCAAGUUUUUUUCUUUGGAAGCCCACGCGCAUCUCCGAGGGAUGAGAAUGCACACAACUACUUGGAGCCAGAAGUGUGCGCGUGAAUGAGUGGGUGUGAUGCUUAGCGCGUGGAGAGUAACAAGCGACGUCACGAGAUAGAGUUUGGCGUAAUGUCGUGUUGGACCCUUCUUUAGACCUCUUCUUCUUAAGGAUAGGUAAAGAGUUUCCUCAAAGCGGGUGUGAGAACUCUCAGAACAGGAUUUUUUGGAUACCAUUCUUUGACAUCUCCUGUUCGAAGAUCAAAUGUGCUAUCAGUUGAAGGGCAAACUAUGCAUCCAUCCUGCAUAAUAAUUGUAACACAUUCAUCAUAGGAUUUUCAAAUAUGCUAAAUCAUUAAACUUUUAACUCAA